AUGAUUGUAAAUCCGUAUGAUGUUGAUAUUCCAGAAGCCUGGAAAAAUGAAAUAAUUUAUUAGAAAUAUAUUGCCUAUCAAGCUUUAAGAUAAACAACACUAACCCUCAAUAACAUUCAAAAUUAAAAAUUAAACGAAAAUGAUUUUAUAUACAGAGAUAUAUUAUUCAAGGGAUAAUUGCCAUCUGAAGAGUGUGACACAUAUUUUGAUUAUAUGAAACAACAUUAUAAAUCAAGGAAACAAUUGAAUAGCAGUGACUUUUUAAAAUAAAGAAGGGAAGAAUGCUAAAAUAAAAAAUUUAAUUUUUGGUAAAAAUGCAGCAAAUUGCCCAUUAAUACCAAAUAAAAAUUAGAGACAAGAAAUAUCGUUAGAGAUAUUAAAUAUCAACAUUUAUUUGUUCCAUAAAUUUUAUUUCUUUCUGGUUCUAUUCUAAUAGCUUAUUUACUAAAAAUGUAUAGAAAUCCUAUUAAAUUUUAAUUAAUUACAAUUGGAUUCGGAUCCUCAUUAGGUUACUUCCAUGGAGUUUACAAUUAUAGCAACCAAAUAUUUAAUGACAUUCCAUAUUUGCCAGACCCAGAAUUAGAGCUAGAACAUUAACAUAUAAUGAACUAUUGCUUUUCUUUAGACCAAGACCUGAUUGCAAGAUACGUAUUUAGUCAUGAAAACCUACAUAAGUGAAUUAAAUUAAUUGAAAUUUUAUUUAAAAUAAUGUACACUCUUAUUC